AUGCCUAGACAUAAAAGGAAACGUAGUUACUGGUACUAUAAGCAAGUACAUGGAGAGCUUGGGGAGUCCAAGCUGGCGAUGGUAACACACUCCAAUUCCACCUUAUAUGCGCAUGAUGGAAAUGUGGGCAUGUGGCUUGAGGAAGUGGGAUUGCUGUGGCACUAUGCGGAUCGAUGGAUGGCUUUGGCGCGCCAUUUUUCAAUGUUGGGACUGCAGAUGACGGUUAGUGGACAAAUUAAGAGCAAUAACAGCAAUUCACACACCCCGGAUGCCUUAUAUUGUCAUCUUCAUGGUGCUGAAACCAAAGGUCGUCUCAAACAAUUAAAAAUAUGGACUCAAGGAUAG